AUGGACGAGAUAUCAACAAGCAUUCCUACAAAACAAUGGGCACAGGUUUUCCAAGGGAUCAACCGGCCUCCCGAAUAUAAAAGGAUACCAGUUCAACUCCCACAGGAGGAUGAGAUUCUCGUAAAUAUCAAGUACGCUGGUGUUUGUCACAGCGACCUCAGUCUCUGUAAGGGGCAGUGGCCAGUUGGGCUCAGUGAGGGCACUGUUGGAGGUCAUGAAGGGGCGGGAGUUGUGGUUGCUGUUGGUGCCAAAAUAGGGAAUGUCCAGGUUGGAGAUCAUGUUGGGGUCAAACUGAUCGGAAAUUCAUGCAACAAUUGUGAUUUCUGCUCUUCUGGAGAUGACGAAUACUGCGAGAACCCCUCGUUGCUAGGCUGCAAUAUGAACGGAACAUUUCAGCAAUACUGUAUUUGCAAAGCAGCCAAUAUCAUUAAGGUUCCUAAAGAUGCACCACUUGAUUCUAUUGCACCGAUUAUGUGCGCCGGGGUCACCGUGUAUAAUGCUCUGAAACAGACAUCUGCAAAACCAGGGCAAGUUAUUGCAAUUGCCGGUGCUGGCGGUGGUUUAGGGUCCCUGGCCUGCCAAUACGCACGAGCCUGUGGAUUCCGCGUUCUGGCAAUAUCCACGGGCCUGGAACGGAGAAAAGCAUGCCUGGAACAGUUUAAUGUGGAUUACUUUGUUGACUAUAGGACAACAACGGACCUUGUGAGCGAGGUCAGGUCAAUCACUAACGGGGGCCCACACGCAGUGAUUGUCACGUCAUCAUCGCCUUCAUCACUCCAGCUUGCAUGCCAGUAUGUACGCCCAAGGGGGGAAGUUAUAAUGGUUGGAUUGCCCCCUGGUGCCCAGGUUCAAGCAGAUGUCUUCAGUACAGUCCUUCGAAUGGUGACAAUCAAAGGCUCCUAUUUUGGAAGCGAGAUGGAUGUUCGAGAGGCCCUAGAUAUAUUUCUACAAGGCAAAAUCCAUGUACCCUGUCGACAAUUGCGUCUGUUGGAUUUGCCAAAGGCCUAUGAGUUGAUGGAGAACGGGGGGCUGGUAGGCCGGAUCGUCCUGAAGAUCCCAGGAUUGAUAAGUAUGAGGACAAAUCAAGUCCCUAGCCCAUUUCAUAUCCGACAACCCAGCUUUCAGCCAGCACAGUGGGACAUUGGAACACAUUUAGCCCAUCGGUUUGAGGAACUUGGGGUUGGGGACUUUUUUGCCGUCCCAGGGAAUUUCAACCUGAAGCUCCUGGACCGAUUCAUGACGAAUCCUAGUCUUCGCAUGGUUACAUGUUCCAAUGAGCUGAAUGCGGGUUAUGCAGCAGACGGUUACGCUCGCUUGUCGCAAACCCAUAUUGCUGUAGUUGUCGUUACAUACAUGGUCGGGAGUCUUUCGCUUAUCAACGCCAUUGCUGGGGCCUACUCUGAGAAUCUCAAGUUGAUAGUCAUCAGCGGUGGCCUUAAAUCGACUGACUACGGUACGGACAAGCUCAUACACCAUAGCAUUGGCAAACGCGAUAAGGACCAACCUUCAAGAAUGUUCAGUGAAGUGACGUGCGCCUCUGUCCGUUUGCAAAACAGUUUGGGAUGUACGGAGAUCAUUGACUCGGUGCUCUCUCAAUGCCUACAGGAGUCUUUACCAGUAUACAUUGAGGUUCCAGACAAUCUAGUCCAACUACCCCAGCCACCUCCACGCCCUCUUUUAUUGAGCCCCUCGCCGACAACACAUCCUGUGGCUCUCACUGACGCUAUAGGCUCCAUUAUUGAAUGUUACUUACAUGCCAGGGCGCCUGUCCUGAUUCACGUCCUGCAGGGGCUCCAGGGUUUCCUCUCUCCGAUGGACAUUUUGCUUGCUGACACAGGAGAUAGCUGGUUUAAUGCUGCUUCAAUUAAGCUCCCCGAGGGAGCUGACUUCCAGAUACAGAUGCUAUAUUCUUCAUUAGGCUGGGGUUUACCAGCAACGCUUGGUGCGCAACUUGCCCGGCCUUCCGGCAGAGCAGUUCUCUUAGUUGGCGAUGGUGGCUUCCAGAUGACCUCGCAGGAAUUAAGUACGAUGAUCCGUCUAAAGCUCAAUCCAGUCAUAGUAGUCAUGAAUAACCGUGGCUAUCAAUUUGAGGCUGCCCUUCACAAAGGGACUUACAAUGAGAUUCCAAACUGGGACUACGCCGGCUUCGCGUCUACUCUGAGCAGCAAUUGCCACUUAGGACAGGCCAAUCCCUAUGCUAUAAAACAACCUGUGGGCGCACUUGAAUCACCUAUUUUUUCAAGGAAAAUUAGAACACACAAUGAGCUUUCAUAUGUAUUACACCAGGCAAAAGCCGAGCCUUGGAAGCUGUUCUUUCUUGAAUGCUGUAUAGCACCGGAUGAUAUUAGUCCAUCGCUCCAAAAGUUUGGUUCUCUCAUCCGAGCGGAAUAUACAGAUGACAACGGACGACCUUCCCCAAGCACCGUCACCUCUGAGGCAUCGGGCUCGGAGAGCAUGCGUGGGUCGUCGCCUGACACCCAACUUGACAGCAGUACCGAGGAAAUCUCUGCAUCACACUUGAUCUCCAACAAUGAUAUACCAGGCUCGUCCGGCUUAUUCCAACCAAAUUCGGCGUAUGGUUAUCAUGGACAAGAAGAAAAACAUAUGGUGAUAUGGACAUGGUCCGCAAAGCGAGGAUGGGAUGCACCAAGGACAAUGCCACACGGUCCUCUACCUCUAAUGCCUACUGCAUCAUGUCUAAACUAUGCAACGCAAUGCUUCGAAGGUAUGAAAGCAUAUCGUGGGUAUGAUGGGAAAUUACGCCUCUUCCGACCAUACGAAAACUGUUUGCGCUUGCUGCGCAGUGCUAGCCGUGUCCAACUUCCCAUGUUUGAACCCGAUAAGCUCUUACAGCUUAUUGAAAGUCUUCUUAUCAAGGACUGCCCAUCCUGUCUCCCAAAAGGCAGGGGAGCGUCUUCUAUUUACAUACGACCAGUGUACAUUGCAACAGACCCAAGAAUAGGUCCGCAUACACCGGCUGAAGCGUUGCUUUCUAUCGUCACCACUAAAAUUCCGCCCGUUGAAGAUCCUUCAGCAGAUAACGCACGAUCUGCCCGCUCUUCUGCUCUCAAGUUAUUGGCCAACUCAAAAAACACCUGUCGUGCCUGGCCGGGUGGAGUUGGCGAUGUCAAGGCAGGUGCCAAUUACGGGCCAUCUCUUCAGGAGCAGCAGCGGGCCAUGGAUAAGGGAUAUGCACAGACAUUGUGGCUAUUCGGAAAGGAUCAUCGAGUCACAGAAACAGGUGGUAGUAACUUCUUUAUUAUCUGGGAUAAUGAUGAAGGUCAGCGAGAGCUGGUCACGGCGCCUGUCCAGGACGGUCUGGUAUUACCUGGCAUUACCCGCAACAGCAUCCUUCGGCUUUGCACACAACGGCUCGGGGGGUCAAAUAAAUCAGAAGCUAAGAGUGUCCUGGCUGUGGAAAGAAAUUUUACGAUGUUAGAUAUUCUCUUUGCGUUCCACCAGGGAAGGUUAAUCGAGGCCUUUGUCACCGGAACCGCGGUUAGUAGUUAUCUCGAAGAUUGCCCUUCAAACUCCCCCCCCAAUUCUCUUCGUCCCGUCUAG